UUGUUAACGAUUUAUCAACAAUAAUCAACAAUUUUACGAUCAAUAUUAAUUUCUAACUAUUUUUUUUUCUAUCGGAAUUUUAAUGGGUAAAUAUACAGAUAAAUAUGAUGUGGCGCUAAUAAACGUUUUUUGCGUUGCCAUUUCCUAUGAACUUUGGAAUAUUGUAGGCUCGAACUUCGAUCUUGGUAAUCACAGUUUUACAUUUCUGUUUUGAUUGCAAUUUUCUAGGACACUUACCGACGAAUACCACACCUUCAAUAAUUUGAUAAUGCUUUAAUAAAGCAUGUAAAAUUUACAACAAUGCCAAAUUAGAUUGAGAGAUAAGUAUAUGUCUUCUACAAAGCGCACAGAUUAGAAAUAAUAAAUUAUAAUAAUGGGCGUCCUUUCCUCAUUGAAAAGAUCAUCAAUUGUACAUCUUAUGCUUGCCAUUACAUUUUUUACAUCUGGCUUAAUAAUAAAUUUCUUCCAAUGUAUUUUAUAUUUUGGGCUUAGACCUUUCUCUAAAUACUUUUAUCGCAAGAUCAACUAUUAUCUUUGUUAUUCAUUUUAUAGUGAAUUAGUAUGUAUGGCAGAAUGGUGGUCUGGAUCAGAUGUUAUAUUUUACAUAGAUAAAAAAGAAUUUGAUAAGUAUUAUGGCCAUGAACAUGCAUAUCUUCUGAUGAAUCAUAGUUAUGAAGUAGAUUGGUUAUUAGGAUGGGUAACAUGUGAUCGUCUAGGUGUAUUAGGGAAUUGUAAAGCAUAUGCCAAGAAAUCUAUACAAUACAUUCCUACAUUGGGAUGGGCAUGGAAAUUUGCAGAAAGUAUCUUUCUAGAAAGAAAUUGGAAUAAAGACAAAGAUGUGAUAGGGUCUCAAAUUAAAGAAUUAAUAGAAUAUCCUGAUCCAAUAUGGUUGCUUCUAUAUGCAGAAGGAACACGUGUUACACCUAAGAAGUUAGAAGCCAGUCAAAAAUUUGCCAAAGAAAAGAGUCUACCAAUCUUAAAAUAUCAUUUAACUCCACGCACAAAAGGAUUUAUUUCUAGCAUUCCUUAUAUGAAAGGAAAAACAAUGGCUAUAUAUAAUAUCCAAAUGGCAUUUAAAGAAAGUGAUUCUGUUAAGCCUACCAUGACAAAUCUACUUUUAGGAAAAAAAAUAGAAGGUCAUAUGUAUAUGAAAAGAAUACCUUUAGAAGAAGUACCAGAAGGAGAUGAAGCUGCUGCUGAAUGGUUGCACAAAUUAUAUCAAGAAAAGGAUAAAAUGGCAGAAAGUUUUCAUAAAACUGGUGAUUUUUUUGCAACAAGUGGUGUUCCUAAAACAGAUACAUUCAAAUUAAAAAGAAGGCAUUAUUCUUUGAUCAAUACCUUAUUGUGGGGUGUGAUUGUAUUAGUACCAAUGUUAUAUUAUCUUAUUCAACUCUUUUCAUCUGGUUCAACUGUAUACUGUACUAUUGGAGUGGGCAUCAUUCUUCUAUUUUAUCUGCUAAUGUACAAAACAAUUCAAAUGUCUGAGAUAAGUAACAGUUCAUCUUAUGGGGCUGCUGAUAUAAAAAAAAUAAAAUAAAAUCUAGUUUUGACUACAUAUAGACCAUUAAUAUAUAUAUAUUACAAAAGUGUCAAAAAUUAUUAUUUUGUAAACCAUCAGUGAAGAUGUUAAAGAUCAUUAAAAUACAUAAAAGGAGCUUAUAAAAUAUGA